GUCUCACAAACAGUCCCCAUUGCAGUAGAUAGCAAAGAUGUUGCUGACCAAGACCCUGGAAUAUCUUUUUUACUUGGCCCUAUUCGCCUUCAUGUGCAAAUAUGCCACGGCUGCCAGUGUCCAGCCCACCGAAGUGCCUGCAGUUGCUCCGGAAACCAUUAGAAAACCCCAAAGGGCAGAGAGCCUUCUCAGUGGCUGUGAAGCAUCCUCCUUCAGUUGGAUGUGCCUCAAGAUCGAAUUCGUUAAGAUCAUGGAAAAGCUCGCCGAACAGGAGGAACUUAACGUUUUGCCUGGAAUCAGUGUGGUCAAGGAUGAGAACGCCACCGAACUCAAGACAUCGGAGCUCAUGGCAGAAGUGGCUCGCAGCUAUCCCAGUGACCCGAGCACUCGCUUGAAUGGCUAUAUAGUGGCCAAACUGGAAAACCUUCUGAAAACGCGGUUCCUACGAUUUCGCCUGCUGGAUGACAAGUCCCUCGUAGAAGGUCGCAAGCACAAGUUCGGCAAGAAAGGAGGCUUGGAGGCCCUGGUGGCGGCUGGAGUCAUGAUGAAGGGAAUGCUUAUGGCCAUGGGCCUCGGGGCCAUCGCUCUGAUGGCCGGAAAGGCUCUGAUGACAGCUUUAAUGGCCUUGACCCUGUCUGGAGUCCUCGGUCUUAAGAGCUUGGCCGGCGGCGGGGGAAAGUCCACCACAUACGAAAUAGUGGCUAAGCCAAUUUACACCUCCAGCCACUCGCACUCGGUCACUCACGAAGAUGGAGGUCACUCCCACAGUCCCCACUUUGCCGCAGGAGGCGGUGGUGGUGGUACUGCCAGUGGCUUUGGCUACGGGGGAUAUGCUAGGUCCCUGAAAGUGGAUCAAUCAGCGAACCAAAUCUAAUAAUUUUAGAAAGGAACCGACAGUAUCAUUACCUAAUAAUUUAUUAAUUUAUUGUACUUUAAGAAACAUAAUACAACAGCAAACUCAGCAUUGUCUUAGUUUUAAUGUGUGAAUUUUAACACAUCAAAUGUAACAGUUACAAAGACUU